AUGGCGGCCUAUACUUUACCGGAGGGCUUUACUGAUUUUGAUAUGUUUGGAUUCGGCACUGCUCUGCUUGUGGAGGGUCUUCUGGGAUUAUUUCUGAACUCUAUAGCAGCGCUGUCCUUUAUCCUAAUCAGAGACCAGAGGACUCCAAGCAACUUCAUAGUGUUCAAUCUGAAUAUUGCUGACCUUAUGCUCAAUGUGAACGGCCUCAUUGCCGCCUACGCCAGUUAUAUCAGGGUCUGGCCAUAUGGUCAGGAGGGGUGUAUCAACCAUGGCUUCCAGGGAUUAAUUGCCAUCUAUGCAGCUAUCAGCUUUCUUGUUGUGAUUUCAUGGGACAAGUAUCACUAUUGGGCUACCAGGCAGCCAUUGUUCUGGGCUACCUCUGGCACCAUCUGCACUGUGGUCUGGGUAGUGGCCAUCUUCUGGGCAUCUCUCCCUCUGCCCUAUUUUGGCUGGGGAGAGUUUGACUUUGAGCCAAUGAGGACCUGCUGCACUCUGGAUUACACCAAAGGAGACAGGAACUACAUCACCUACAUGCUGACAAUUACCUUCGUCUACCUCCUCGUCCCUCUAUUUGUGAUGCAUGACUGCUAUAGCACCAUCUACAAAUACUUCAAGAAGACUCACAACUACAAGUUCAACACCACUAUCCCAAUUAAGGUUCUGCUGUUGACCUGGGGGCCUUAUGUGGCUAUGUGCAUGUAUGCCUGUGUAGAGAAUGUCAAAUUGAUCUCACCAAAGCUAAGGAUGCUGCUUCCUGUGAUUGCGAAGACCUCCCCAAUAUUCCAUGCCGUUCUUUACUCAUUUACCAAUGAGGCCUACAGAGGUGGCAUCUGGCAGCUGUUGACUGGUCAGAGGGUUGCAGACAAGAGGAAAUAA